AUGCAGCAGUCUAAAAUUUACUGGGAUGUAGAAAACUAUCAAAAAGUCGAACGAAUAUUCCGUUCUUCGGUGGAAUUCUGCAACGAAAAUGAAGUCUGGCGACUCAAUGUGGCUCACGUGCUGUUUAUGCAAGAAAAGUACAAAGAGGCAAUUAGUUUCUACGAACCAAUCACUGUCGACAUAAGUGCAAUAAUUCUGGCCAAUUUGUGCGUUUCUUACAUCAUGAUCAACCGGAAUGAGGAAGCAGAGGAAAUUAUGCGCAAGAUUGAGAAGGACGAACUGCAGAAUUCCCCAAUCCCCGAGCAAGAGUACGUCGUGUUGGGCCACCAAUACCUCAGCAACCUUCGGGAUGCAAUUCGGUGUCCCCGGGACUUGGAAAUUGCUGGAGAUUUGAGUUCCCGCGUAGAAUUAGAGGUUAACCACAACAGAGCAUCGGAAUGGGCGCGAAAUUUUACAGGAAAUUGUAAAUGGCGGGAAAAACUGUCUAAAUCGGGAGUAUAUAAGAUGGAGGGGACUCAAUUUAGUGAUUUGACUGUGCAGUUGGGAUAUCCCUACGUUUAUAUGCAUCAGGGGAACUGUCAGCAUGUUGUUGUGUUCUCGGAUGUGAGGUUGCCUUUUUGGUUGGAUUUUGGGAAGUACCCUCUGAGAAUAGGCAAGUCAAAGCGGCUGAAGAUGGCAUGUCAGUGUUGUAAGAUGUUUGUGGCGAGAUGGAUCACUACUCAGAACAACCUGUGUCCUCAUGACCCAUGCUAUUUGUGUCAGUCGUGCUAUUCCUUGCUCUGUUUUGACGAAAGUGGCAAUAAAAUCGGGAAUUUUGUGACUCAUUAUUAUGCGGAGUCUGACUUUGUUCUUUGA